AUGAGGUUAGUUGGGCUCAAGCUUAAGUCGUUUAUACCACAAUCUAGAACAAGCCUUUCUGGAAACAGCCACGGUUAUCUUCUCAUUGUAUAGUCUAGAGAUUAGUGAUGGAGGAGGGUUUAACAGGCAAGACCAGUGGAAGUCGGGUUGAGAACAGAGUCGAGAAAGAAACCGUGAAUGUUCAAACAAGAAGGAAGGUCAACGUUGGAGAUCUGAUAUGGGUUAAGCUCAGUGAAGCGUCAUGGUGGCCUGCACAGAUUGCUGAUGAGAAUUUGGUAAGUUCAGCCAAUAAACCUAGCCGUAAAGGUUUAAACAGUGUUAUUCUUGCUCGGUUAUAUGGAUCUUAUAUAUACAAGUAUGUGGACAUUUAUCGUUCUAGUGCUGAGUUUAAGAGUAUGCUAAUAAAGAACAACUUCAGUUACUAUGAUAUUCUAAAGAAGUCUUUGGAGCAGGAUCUUCCUCGCUUAAGUUCCAGCAAAUCAACGAAACGACAACAAUCUAAAUCCGAAGCGGGUUGGGAUGUUGCAAGGCAUUCUCCGAAGUGGGUGACAGUGCCCGAAAUGGUUCAACCUUUAAAACGGACAAAGAAAUCCGCGUCCAAUGAGUAUAGUACGAGUGCUUUGGACCCACAUUGUUACAUUGACCUCGACAAGGAGGAUGAGGAGGAAGUACCUGAAGAACCGCAACACCCGCCUGGGAGGAAUGGAUGGAAACAGACGUCGUUAACUUUACCCAAAGAUGACAGUAUAGACUCUUUAGCGGGUGAGUUGUCCCAGUUUAACGAGAUACAAUCGGAAAGAAUUCUGUUGAAGGAAAAGUUAAGCCAAGAAGCGAUCGAGAGGGAAGAUUUUAAAAUCCUGACUACUAAAACCGAUCAUCUUACGUGAGCGGUCAUUCGAGUGGCAGGAUUGUUGAAAGAAAAUGUUGCAAAAAAAGAUGUUUAGUAGUGUAUAUUAUUAUGUAAUGUUUUUUAUUAUUAGUGUAAAGUUUUUAUUUUUUUUAUUUUUUAUGGAUUAGGUGAGAUGUGGUCGUGUGUUGUGUCAUAAGGGGUGUAGAUUUACCUACACUUUAGGUGGACUUUGAGUGUGAUUGUCUUACUACAUGUAUAUGAAUGUGUUGUUUUAUAAUGUUA